ACUUUUAUUUUGGCGUGGCAGUAUGACGUCAUAAAGCUGCGCUGCACAAUUCUGUUGGGAAAAAAGGACAAAGUGUUCAAACAGACUGAAAAACUCCCAGUGAAGCAACACACUGUUAUAAAGAUGGUGUUUAUUAAAGAGGAGAGUGACUAUGCAAAGAUUGAAGAAGCAUUCAGAGUCAAACAUGAAGAUACUGAGGAACAACAGACAGAGAUGGCGUUUAUUAAAGAGGAGAGUGAAGACGUGAAGAUUGAAGUCAAACGUGAAGAUCCUGAGGAACAAACAGACCUGAUGGCACUGAAAGAGGAGAGUCAAGAGCUAAAUGAAAUGGAAGAGAAAAACUUCAUGACUGGUGAAGAAUCUUUUAGCUACUCGCAGACUGAUAAAACAGAAACUAGAAACCUUAAAGUCCAGAUGAGAAUUCAGGCUGGAGAGAAGCUUUACACCUGUGAACAAUGUGGAAAGAGUUUCAGUAUAAAAGACAGCUUUAGAGUCCACUUGAAAAUCCACACUGGAGUGAAGCCUUACUCCUGCAAACUGUGUGGAAAGAGUUUCUUACGAAAAGGAAAUCUUAAGACUCACAUGCGAGUUCACACUGGAGAGAAGCCAUUCAUCUGCUCUCAGUGUGACAAGAGUUUCAGACAGAAAAGAGAUCUUAAUGGCCACAUGGCAACUCACACUGGAGAAAAGCUUUACUCCUGCAAACUGUGUGGGAAGAGCUUCAGACGAAAAGAAAAUCUAAAGAAUCACACAAGAGUUCACACUGGAGAGAAGCCGUUUAUCUGCUCUCAGUGUGGAAAGAGUUUUAGUCAGAAAAGAGAUCUUAAUACCCACAUGACAAAUCACACUGGAGAAAAGCCUUACUCCUGCAAACUGUGUGGUAAGAGCUUCAGACGAAAAGAAAAUCUUAAAACUCACAUGAGAAUUCACACUGAAGAGAAGCCGUUCAUCUGCUCUCAUUGUGGCAAGAGUUAUAAAUGGAAAAGAAAUCUUAAUACCCACAUGAAAAAUCACACUGGAGAAAAGCCUUACUCUUGCAAACUAAGUGGGAAGAGCUUCGUACAAAAAGAACAUUUUAAGACACACUCAACUGGAGAGGAUCCGUUUGUUUGUGAUCAGUGUGGAGGGUGUUUCAAAUAUAAAGCACACUUUAAUCAUCACAUGAGGAUUCACUCACAAGAGGACUGUUUUGUAGGUCAUCAGUGUGAAAGGAGUUUCACAGACAGGAGUCACCUUGAGAAUCAUGUAAAAAUUCACAUCGGGGAGAAGCCUUACAUGUGCCAUCAAUGUGGAAUGAAUUAAACAAACAAAGCAAACCUGGAGGAUCACAUGAGAGUUCACACUGAAGAGAAGCCUUAAGUGUCUUCAGUGUGAAAAGAGUUUCCCAUAUCACAUAAGCCUGAAACAUCAUGUGCAAACUCAUUCUGGAAAGAGUUCAUUGUUUUCCUCAGUGUGACGAGGUUUAGAAAAAGGAGAAAUUUCAGCAAUUAUCUGCACAUUCACUCUGGAGAUAGUUUAAUUGGGAUCAAAGCAAUAAAAUCAUCACACUUAAACAUGCAUAUGCAAAGUCAUCUAAAUGUGAAAGCGUGUUUUUUUCUUUGUUAAAGAGUAUGACAAAAGAAUGUGAGCUAUAUCUGAUUUCCACCUCAUGACCACUUCUUUUAUUUAUAUUAUUUUAGUCAUGUCCUACAUCUCUUUAUACUUUACCUUUUUGUUUCCUUUUGACCAUGUUUACUGCAGUGAGAACUAGGGCUGGGAAAAUAAUUCAAUGCAUCGCGAAUUGAGAAAUGAUUCAGCAUUGAUUCUGAGAUUUUCAGAAUGCAUCACGAUUAGUGAUGAAAGUUAUGAUU